AUGAGUGAGUUUUGGUUGUGUUUCAACUGCUGUAUUGCAGAACAGCCUCAGCCUAAAAGACGACGGCGGAUUGACCGAAGCAUGAUUGGGGAACCAACAAACUUUGUUCACACAGCUCAUGUAGGAUCAGGAGACCUAUUCAGUGGAAUGAAUUCGGUCAGCUCAAUUCAGAACCAAAUGCAGUCCAAAGGAGGCUAUGGAGGUGGGAUGUCUGCAAAUGUUCAGAUGCAACUUGUAGAUACAAAGGCAGGAUAACCUUGGGGAAACCUUUCCAGUUUAUGUGAGUUCCUGUAUCUUGUUUCCUGUGUCCCCUUUUUUGCCUUGGUGACUGCUUUCUGUGCUCAUGACAAGAGAAGUGAUGGCUCAUUGUUCACCCUUUGUGAUUACUCCGGUGAAAAGUUGCUGUUCUGCUCUGAUGCCAUUUAUCAGAUUGGUCCGACCGUGCCUUUUAGUGGCAUGCACACAUUGGCCUCUACCAGUAUCAUGGACAUAGAACUGUUUAGGAUUGGGUUUAGCUUUUUGUUUGUUUUAAGGCAAAUUGAAGCACCAACAUUAGCUUCCCUCAUCCCUCACAAAUACUAAUGCGCAACAUUCUGUUGCUUUUGCUUUUUAGUCUUCAAAUCUUUUCUCCACUCAAUUAAUUUUAGAAAUUUUAGAAAUGAGUGAGUUCUGAUCAGUGUCUUCAAUCAUCUAUUGUUCAUUCCCAUUUUUGAAAGGUCUGGGACCUGCAAGCACAAAUGAUUAUUUCAUACAAAAUCAGCAGAGUAGAUGACCGCAUGCUUUGUGAGGUUGCUUGGUAUGGUGGCCUGCUUGGUGCUAGAAGAAAAAAAAAAAAAUAAAUUGCUUGCUGCAGACUGGUGAAAAAUUCUGCUGUGGCACCAAGUCAUGCCUAUUUCUAAAAAAGGACUUGUAACUUAGCUGCUUCAGAGUUAUGUCUUUAUUUCAGUUUUUAUCCAACUGGUCUUGAAAUAAUAAAGAGAGAGCUUGCAUUCAUGAGGCAUUUGAUGUAAAUGUUCGGUAUAUUUAUUUUGAAAGAGCUGGCCUUGAGACUGUAAACCAGUGUA